AAAUUGCGAACAGUUUAUCGGGGGACAUUUGUUGGGCGUAAAAAGAAAAUGGCGUGCGCUACUCUGAAAAGGAAUUAUGAAUGGGAAUCGAUGACCCAAAUGCCUGCGAAGAGGCGAAGAUGUGCUCCCUUUACCACAGGAUCUAGCACAAGUCCUGGAAUCAAAAUGUCAGAAAACAAGCCUUCGUCGUUCGGAGAGUCCGUUAGUGCAUCUGCAAAACUGACCCCAGAGCGCAUGGCACAAGAUAUAUACGACGAAAUAAAGCGACUGCAGCGACGCCGGCAGCUGCGGCUUGCCGGUGGCGCCGCAUCGUGCUCGUCGUCCAGUGGUAGCGAGGGCGACACCUCCCCACCGCAUCGUUCACAUCACCACUCUCAGAAGUUACACAGCCGCGCACUAUUCACCUACAAACAGGUGCGCAUGAUUUGCGAGCGGAUGUUGCGCGAGCAGGAGGCAGCUUUGCGUGCCGAGUACGACGCUGCGCUCAACACCAAGCUCGCCGAACAGUACGAGGCCUUUGUGCGCUUCAACCUCGACCAGGUGCAGCGUCGACCCCCGGCCGCCACGUGCAUGCCCAUCGGCAUGGACGCCGAGCACCACAUGCACCAGGACCUUGUUCCGAGUUAUCUGUCCUAAUAAAACUGUUUUGGCGGCACGCGGUGUAAGCUGCAAAUAUAUCAAGACAAACAUAUUUUGGUAUAUGUUAAUAAUUAUAUGCGGGAA